AUGGGACAUUCUGGAUGCGGCGCCUCAUGGGCGGCUGCGAGCGCGAGGACGCUCGCCCGCCGCCUGCGUCGCCAGCGGCGGGCCCAGCUUGGUGCCAGCCGCGCGCAGGCCCUCAGCCACAGGGUCAAGGCCUUCCGCCUCGCGUUUAAGGGCCACCAGGAGCUCUCGGACAUCCUCGGGGCGUUCGACCGCUCUUUCGGCAGCACCUUAGCGGCGGCGCGCAUGGUCGCACCCCCAGCAGAGCUGAUCUACUACGAGGAGGUCCAUGCCCACGGCAACUGGGCCAAACACUCGCCGUCCCCCGAUGCCGCAGUGCAACUGCCGCUUGCUCCAGCUGGAGCGGUGGACGCUGCCGCCUUGGAGCUGCUGGCCGCCAUGGCCCACGGCUUCCACACACAGCUUCGUGUCGACGCCCCUGAGUUUGUUCCCGCGGCGACGGCAUACUUGCAUGGACAUGAUCAUCCGACCAUCAUGAAUGUACACAUCAAGCAGCAGGAGAUGGAGCGUGCCGCCGACCUAGGCCAGUGCGUGCUCUUCGACACCUUCUCGGCGAAACCGCUUGGACUGGAGGUCGGCACGGUGAUGCAGCAGGUUCCGUUCGCCGCGGGGCCGCGGGGCUCCGCAGAGAGCGUGCGCGGGUCGAGAGUGAGGAUCGAGGGCAGCCGGCAGAGGCAGAGCGCCGGCGGCAAGGAACAGAGAGAGCCCACCGCAGACCCCGAGAGGGUCUCGACCCCGUCCCUUGGAACCCCGCCGAGGGAGGACGGAGGCAGGGCAGGCGCGAGCAGCGACCGUGGGGCCGGCAGCGACGGCCGCCGGCCGCCGCACCUGACCGCCUUCAUGACCUACAAGGCUGGCAUGACCCACAUCGUCCGCGACGUGGACCGGCCGGGUUCCAAGCUGCACAAGAAAGAGGUGGCCGAGGCCGUCACCAUCCUCGAGGCUCCUCCGAUGGUCGUCGUCGGCUUCGUGGGCUACGUGGAGACGCCGCGCGGCCUGCGCGCGCUCACGACGGUGUGGGCUGGGCACUUGAACGAGGAGUGCAGGCGCCGGUUCUACAAGGCAUGGCACAAGUCUAAGAAGAAGGCGUUCACCAAGUACGGCAAGAAGUGGGAGGAGGCCACCAAGGGCGGGGGCGACGGCCCAAUGGCGGCGGAGGUCGCGCGCGCCAAGAAGUAUUGCCAGGUCAUCCGGGCCAUCUGCCACACUCAGGUCACCAAGGUAAAGAUCGGUGCAAAGAAGGCCGUCAUCAAGGAGAUCCAGAUCAACGGCGGCACCCCCGAGGCGAAGGUGGACUACAUCAUGGGUCUGUUCGAGCAGGAGGUGAAGGUUGCAGAUGUGUUCAAGUCAAGCGAGAUGGUCGACUGCAUCGGAGUCUCGGCUGGCCGCGGCUUCAACGGCGUCGUCACGCGCUGGGGCGUCACCAGGCUGGCGCGCAAGUCCCACCGCGGCUUGCGCAAGGUCGCAUGCAUCGGAACUUGGCACCCCGCGAGGGUACAGUUCCAGGUGCCCCGGUCUGGCCAGAAAGGGUACGGCCACCGGACCGAGAUCAACAAGAAGAUCUACCGCAUUGGCAAGAGCGUCAAGGAGGACCCCAACAGCGCCACGACCGAGAACGACCUGACGGAGAAGGGGAUCACCCCGCUGGGCGGCUUCUCCCACUACGGCGAGGUGAACGAGGACUGGGUCAUGGUGCGCAACAUGGCUCCCACCGCGGCGGCGGCCGCGCGCGCGGCGAUGCUGGCCGCGCUCCUCGCAGCGCCCACCGCGGCGGUGCGGGACAGCUCCGAGAGGGCGCAGGGGGCCCUGGCCGCCGCGGCGCAGAACGAGACGGCAGGGGCAGCCGGGCCGAAGGAGCUCCCGAAGGCCGACGCACUCCGCGAACUGCUGGACGAGAACAACGGCCCAGUCGUCUCGUCGAUGAAGGCAGCCGACGAGUCGGCCGCGACGCUGCUGGGCUCCGCCAAGGAGUGGAAGCAGUCGGGGGAGGACAUCAAGAAGGAGUUCGAGGAGUCGGUGCAGAAGGAGGUCCUCCAGACCGGCAGGACGCUGGAGGAGGAGCACGGCGGCGUCAAGCAGGAGGCCGACGAGAAGCCGAAGAAGGUGCUGGAGGAAUUGAAGAAGAAGCACGCGGCUGGCGCGCCGGGCGGCUCCAGCAAUUCCAGCCAGGCCGCGUGA